AUGGUUCAAAGCUUAAAUUUUAGUGGGAUUUUUGGUAUCUUUAAUGUAUUAAGAAAUCCACAACUGGCUGUUCCACAUAUUAUAGUUGAUGAUAUUCGUGACAUAAAAUUCGAACAAUUAAAGGGGAAAGGUAUUAAAGCACUUGCAUUUGACAAAGAUAAUACCCUUACAAUUCCAUAUGCAGAUGAAAUAUAUCCACCAUUUAAGAAACCAAAUGGAGGACCCGAACUUAUUUCUCACUUUGCACGUUAUCCUCCCGAAAAAAUAGUGGUAAUUGGGGACCGUUUACUGACUGACGUCGUGUUAGGCAACUUAAAUGGAAUGGUUACAAUAUUUACAAAACGAAUAAUUACGGAAGAAGGUGAUAAUAAGAUUGCUAGUAUUGUACGAAAAGCAGAAUAUCGACUAUUGGCCGCACUUAAAGCUUGUAACAUUAAACCUCCGCAGCAUUCUUUAUUAUCAGAUUA